UAUGCACCAGUAGAGCUCAAGAGUCUGUCAAGCAACUUAACCUCGCGACCUCUCGCGUCGCUGACCAAUCAGCGCAGAGCAUUCCCACGGUCCGGCAUCAGAGUUGCUUUGUUGACUGUUCCAGCUAUUGAAUAUGAAUAGAUGUUUGUAAAUAAGUGCGAGGGUUGACACACGACCACGAAUUUUUCCCACGGUGCGAACUAUAAAAAGAAUAUUAAAAGCGCGCGCCGGUUGCUUGUGUCCUGCGCCCCAAGGUCGCCUCGAAGCGUGCCGAAGUAUUUUAUACUGCCACAAGUGAUCGCACUGCACGCGUCCUCUUAGCAACGAAAAUGGAUGUACAAGUUUUAAAACCCGUCAUCGCCGCUCAGCGAAAUGCGAAAAAGGAAACAAAGAAGUCUAAGAAACCACUGAUGGAAAAAAUGCGACGAGCAAGAAUAAACGACAGCUUGAACGAAUUGAAAAGCUUAGUGUUGGAAGCGAUGAAAAAAGAUGUCUCUAGGUAUUCAAAAAUGGAAAAAGCCGAUAUUCUCGAAAUGACCGUCAAAUAUCUCCGUUCGCUGAAUUCCGAGAGGCCUUUGCAUUUCAAACAGCAACAAGACGAUGCUGCUGCCAUCGCUAAAUAUCGCGCCGGUUUCAACGAAUGUGCUGCCAAAGUCUCUCAGUUCUUGAUGACGGCCGACAAUAUCACUGUCCCGGUUCGCACUCAGCUUCUAUCACAUUUAGCGUCGACGUGUCAAAAGCAGAAAGAACCUCAUCAACUCCCCCACGAUUUAUCAGGCUCGCGUCAACAAACCCACGUACCUCUGUCGCUACCGUCGACUUUUCCCGCCAUUUCGCCUGCGGUUGGCGCGAAUCCUGCUUUCGCCGACGGGAGUAUGGCCACUAAGUUUCCUUCACCGCCUUCAUCGCCGCUACACAAUCACCAAGAAAGGAAACUUCUGCCGUUUUCACCCGCCAUGUCUCCUUCAAUGUCACCUUUUGUUCUUAGUAACGGCAUUCCAGCGUUAAUUUUACCGAACGAUACAGCUGUUCAACUCCUACCUUUAACACUACCAAAUUCUUCGUCUGCUUUCGAUACUUCUCUGUGGAGACCAUGGUAACGCAAUGCCCGAACAGCGUUACACUUAAUUUUCCUUUUCAAUAUUGUGACAUAUUUUUAAUUGCUUUUUAAACUUAAUUUUUUUUUACCUUGAGUGCUGUCAAAAUGGGGCUCGCUUGGAUUCGGUUAUAUAAGAAGGAGUGAAUAUUUAUUUUUCAAAAAUUGUUAACUAUUAAGAGGUAUAUAUUUUUGUAAAAAGGAAUCUUGUGUCGUUAUGGAAUAAAAUGAAUUUUUAAAUUGGGUUAUAAUAGCCAAGA